GACCCCGCCCCGGCCGGGUCCAGCCCCGCCCAACGGUAAGUUAAGAGCCCCCCCAGUGCCAGACGCUCCAGACAGACUGCCACUCUUGGGGGUCAAGAAGUGGUUGUCGUCAUGGCUACGGCGCUGACGACCGCGGUUCUGCGGGCAGCUGCUGUGGCCCCGAGGCUGCGCAGCCCAGGAGGCACUGGGGGCGCCCGGAGGCUGAGCUGCGGCGCGCGGCGGCGGGCAUCGAGGGGCACCAGCCCGGAGCGCCGGCUCAGCACCGCCUGGGCGCAGGCCCAGCCCCCGCCAGAGGAGUCCGCGGGCGCGGAAGACGUCUCCCAGACGCCGGCCGCCGAGGAGCCGUCGUGGGUGCCGACUCCCACGGCCCUGGUGCCCCACGAGCCCCCUGAAGCUCCCCGGGGCCGCUCGCUGGUGCAGCGAGACAUCCAGGCCUUCCUCAACCAGUGCGGGGCCAGCCCGGGGGAAGCGCGCCACUGGCUCACGCAGUUCCAGACCUACCACCACUCCGCGGACAAGCCCUUCGCCGUCAUCGAGGUGGACGAGGAGGUGCUCAAGUGCCGGCGGGCCGUAUCCAGUCUGGCCUUCGCCCUGGCCUUCUUGCAGCGCAUGGACAUGAAGCCGCUGGUGGUCCUGGGGCUGCCCGCCCCCACAGCGCCCUCGGGCUGUCUUUCCUUCUGGGAAGCCAAGGCGCAGCUGGCCGAGAGCUGCAAGGUGCUGGUGGACGCGCUUCGGCACAACGCAGCCACUGCCGUGCCUUUUUUUGGCGGCGGGUCUGUGCUAGGCGCUGCGGAGCCGGCUCCCCAUGCCAGCUACGGCGGCAUCGUCUCGGUGGAGACGGACCUGCUGCAGUGGUGCCUGGAGUCGGGCAGCAUCCCCAUCCUGUGCCCCAUUGGGGAGACGGCCGCGCGCCGCUCCGUGCUUCUCGACUCCCUGGAGGUGACCGCGUCGCUGGCCAAGGCGCUGCGGCCCACCAAGAUCAUCUUCCUCAAUAACACAGGAGGCCUGCGCGACAGCAGUCACAAGGUCCUGAGUAACGUGAACCUGCCCACCGACCUGGACCUGGUGAGCAACGCCGAGUGGGUGAGCACAAAAGAGCGGCAGCAGAUGCGGCUCAUCGUGGACGUGCUCAGCCGCCUGCCCCACCACUCCUCGGCCGUCAUCACCGCCGCCAGCACGCUGCUCACCGAGCUCUUCAGCAACAAGGGGUCCGGGACCUUGUUCAAGAACGCCGAGCGGAUGCUACGGGUGCGCAGCCUGGACAACCUGGACCAGGGCCGUCUAGUGAACCUGGUCAACGCCAGCUUCGGCAAGAAGCUCAGGGACGACUACCUGGCCUCGCUGCGCCCGCGGCUGCACUCCAUCUACGUCUCCGAGGGGUACAACGCCGCCGCCAUUCUGACUAUGGAGCCCGUCCUCGGGGGCACCCCGUACCUGGACAAAUUUGUGGUGAGCUCCAGCCGCCAGGGCCAAGGCUCCGGUCAGAUGUUGUGGGAGUGCCUGCUGCGGGACCUGCAGACGCUUUUCUGGCGCUCCCGGGUCACCAAUCCCAUCAAUCCCUGGUACUUCAAACACAGUGAUGGCAGCUUCUCCAACAAGCAGUGGAUCUUCUUCUGGUUUGGCCUGGCUGAUAUCCGGGACUCCUAUGAGUUGGUCAACCACGCCAAGGGGCUGCCAGACUCCUUUUGCAAGCCAGCUUCUGACCCCGGCAGCUGACCCUCACCAUGAACUCUACAGGCCCUGGAACAGCCAGGGUGGACCAAAAGCCAUGCCUGCUGGGGAUGAGUGACCCCAGGCAGCCAGCCACAGGCUGGAUGGGGCUUGAUGGCUGAGUGAGCUACACAGGAGAAAGUAGCCCCAGCUCCUCUGCCCAGAGGAGGCGCUGAAGUGGGACAAGCACAGGAAAGAGAAGGGCCAGUCUAGGAUCCCAGCUCGACUCACUCCAAAGCCACAACCAAAUUGCCUUUGAUUUUCAACCUGGGGAUUAGAGGAGGGGAGGGUGCCUUCCAGGGAUCUACUCAGGACUAACCCUAAGGGUGAGCUAGUUUCUGUGCCUCUGUGCUGUUUUGAGGCGCCCUUACCCAAGAUAUUACCCCACCUGCCUGAUAUUCUACCAUUCAUUUAAAUUCCUUUGGGUUUUGCAGUUUUUCAGGAGAACUUCAUUAAAAUCCAAAUACUUCUCUGAGA